GCUGUAUGAUUUUGUGCCUUUUUAUGGCAACGCUCGCCACUAUGCGAAUAUGCUGAACGAAGACUUCAUAGGGCGCUUGAAGCCCCCUGACAGCAUCGAUUUUCCAAGCGUGCUGCGCGCUCCGAGCCUUGCAAGGAAGAUCCUGAUCCACGGGCACCCGACCACGAUCUCUCGGCGGGCGCUGGCGCAUUAUUGCGUCAGCGUCACUCUGCGGUGGGAGGGGGACAAUGCCUUGCGCCAGUAA